AUCUCAUUUAAUUCCCCAUUUUCACACCAUAAUUUAACUUAACACACACACACACACACACAUAUAUAUAUAAAGAAUUAAUCUUAUCUUACAUUAAGAGAUAUCUCAAACUAAUAACAUGGGGAACACAAUUGGAGGAAGAAACAAAGCAAAGGUGAUGAAGAUCAGUGGGGAAACCUUCAAGGUCAAAACCCCAAUAAGAGCAAGGGAUGUGGUGAAGGACUAUCCAGGCCAUGUGCUUUUGAACUCAGAAGCUGUAAAGCACUUUGGUGUGAGAGCAAAGCCAUUGGAACCGCAACAAGACCUAAGGCCCAAGAAAAUAUACUUCCUAGUACAACUGCCAAAGUUUCCAGAGGAAGAGAAACAAGUGCCGAGAAGAGUGCGUUCUGGCAUUCAAGUGAGUGCCAAGGACAGGCUUGAGUGCCUGAUGCUGUCUCGAAGGUCAGUUUCGGACCUUACGAGUGUCCGAGCCGCGUCGGCCGGCUCGGAAGGUCCGGUUAGGAUGAAGGUUAGGGUGCCGAGGGCUCAAAUGGUAAAAUUGGUUGAAGAGAGCAAUGAUGAUGCGGAAAUUGCUGAGAGGAUUAUAGAGCUUUAUAUGGCUAAUAAUGGUGGGAAGGUGGAAGCGGACAUGGCGGAGGAGGAGGGCGAACAAGGUGUUUUGCGGCAGCGGAAACCGGCCGGCCACGGUGGCAUCAGAGUCAAAGAGAACCUCAAGCCGCGGCAUGAGAAGCGAGUGAGUUUUGUUCCUGUGGAAGAAGGAGAAAUUCGUUUAGAUACAGCUCCUCAAUAGCAGCCAAUCAGAAAGUCACAAAAAUUGCAAUCUACCUUCACCAGGCCUUCUUUACUGGUGCCCUUAAUUUGUAUAUAUAUGAAACAUACUUUCUUUUUGCAUAUAUAGUAUGAUAUUAUUAGCUCCUGUAAAAUUAUUACUUUGUUAACAUCUAGUGGCUCUUUUAUGGAAGACAGGUUUUCUGUCUCAAAAGAGCUUCUCAUGUUGGUGGGGAUGUAUAAAUUAUAAUUUGCCCAAUUCAAAGUGAUUCUCAACUCAAA